GUUUGUGAGGAGGAGGAGCUGUCCUGCUGUGCUUUGUGUCAGGAUGUCCUGAAGGAUCCAGUCUCUACCAGCUGUGGACACUGGUUCUGCAGACAGUGCAUCUGCUCAUACUGGGACCAGUCUGCUUCAUCAGGAGACUCGUCCUGUCCCCAGUGUGGAGAAAGAUCCAGAACCAGAGCUGGACUGCAGACAGCCAGUCAGAGCAGCUGUGUACAAACAGAUGUUGGUCUGCAGGAGGUUUUAGAUGAACAUAAGAUCAGUCUGAGGAGGAGAUGUGAACGUGUGACUGAAGGAAGUGAUGAAACAGGAAGUAGAAUCCUCCUCAACAGGAUCUACACUGAGCUCUACAUCACAGAGGGACAGAGUGAAGAGGUUCAUACCCAACAUGAGAUUGAAGGACUGUGAUUUGUCAGAGAUCAGCUGUGAUUAUCUGGCAGCAGCACUGAAGUCCAACCCCUCCCAUCUGAGAGAGCUGGACCUGAGUAACAACAACAACCUGCAGGAUUCAGGAGUGAAGCAUCUGUGUGGUUUCCUGGAGAGUCCAGGAUGUGGACUUGAAACUCUGAGACUGAGUCACUGUGACCUGUCAGAGAGAAGUUGUGAAGCUCUGUCCUCAGGUCUCAGCUCUCAGACCUCUAAUCUGAGACAGCUGGACCUGAGUAACAGUAACCUGAAGGAUUCAGGCGUGAAGCUUCUGUCUGAAGGACUGAAGAGUCCACACUGUACACUGGAAACUCUCAGGUGAGAUCAAGCAUUUGUCUUUCAUCAACUGACAGAAUUAGCAGAUUAAUAAUAAGGCAGUCCUCUAAUAAGAGGAGAAGUGGAGGUGUUUUGAAGGGCAACAUACUCUUAUGUUAACAAGACAGGAAGUAGCUCCUGGGAACUGCUUCCUUUGUUAUUGUCUAAGUAGAAACA